GGUUGGAAGGAAAAUCACGCAACAUUCAUGAGCGAACUAAAAAAUCUUCAGGCUUCUGGACUGACUACUCUUGGUCAGGCUCUAAGAUCCUCAUUUGAUUUGUUAAAUCUCAAUAGAUUAAUAUCUGGAAUAGACAAUUAUGGACAGGGGAGAAAUCCAUUUUUUUUAGAACCAUCUAUUUUAAUUACCAUCACAGUUGGAAACAAGUUAACAAGUACUGCUGGUGUGCAAGAAGAGCUUCAUCUUCCUUUGAAUUCUCCUCUGCCUGGAAGUGAACUAACCAAAGAACCUUUUCGCUGGGAUCAAAGGCUAUUUGCUCUAGUAUUGCGUUUGCCUGGCGUGGCUUCUACCGAACCAGAGCACCUAGGGAGUGUACCAACUGAUGAAUCGGCCAUCACACAGAUGUGUGAAGUCACAGGAGGUCGCUCCUACUGUGUUAGAACACAAAGAAUGUUGAAUCAAUGUUUAGAAUCGCUAGUUCAAAAAGUUCAGAGUGGUGUAGUUAUUAAUUUUGAAAAGACGGGACCAGAUCCACUUCCUAUUGGAGAAGAUGGACUCAUGGAUUCAUCUAGGUCAAGCAAUUCAUUCGCUGCUCAACCGUGGCAUAAUUGUCAUAAACUCAUUUAUGUACGACCUAACUCUAAAACUGGUGUUCCUGUUGGACACUGGCCAAUUCCAGAAUCUUUUUGGCCAGAUCAAAAUUUACCUUCACUACCUCCACGAACAUCUCAUCCUGUUGUGAGGUUUUCCUGUGUAGAUUGUGAGCCCAUGGUAAUAGACAAACUUCCCUUCGACAAAUAUGAACUUGAACCUUCACCCUUGACACAGUAUAUCUUGGAACGAAAGUCUCCCCAUACCUGCUGGCAAGUAUUUGUUACUAGCAGUGGGAAAUACAAUGAACUUGGAUAUCCAUUUGGUUAUUUAAAAGCCAGUACAACUUUAACUUGUGUAAACCUCUUUGUGAUGCCUUACAACUACCCAGUUUUACUUCCUCUUUUAGAUGACUUGUUUAAAGUUCACAAGCUUAAGCCAAAUCUGAAGUGGCGACAGGCUUUUGACAGCUACUUAAAAACUCUGCCUCCAUACUACUUAUUACCAUUAAAGAAAGCACUAAGGAUGAUGGGAGCUCCAAAUCUGAUAUCAGAUAAUUUAGAUUGUGGACUUAGUUACAGUGUUAUCUCUUACCUUAAAAAACUCAGCCAACAGACCAAACUAGAGUCAGAACGAAUACUAGCAUCCGUGGGGAAGAAAUCUCCCCAGGAAAUUGGAAUCAGAGUGAAAAAUCAUUCUGGAAGUGGUGUGUCCUUGACUCACAAUAAAAAUUUUAGAAAACUAUUGAAAGAAAUCACAGGAGAAACUGCACUGAGACUGACAGAAUUGAAUACCAAAGAAUUUGCUGGCUUCCAAGUAGGACUCUUAAACAAGGAUUUGAAGCCUCAGACAUAUAGAAAUGCUUAUGAUAUUCCACGUAGAGGUCUUCUAGAUCAGUUGACCAGAAUGAGAUCCAAUCUACUAAAAACACACAAGUUUAUUGUUGGACAAGAUGAAGAUUCCCUUCAUAGUGUUCCAGUCUCACAAAUGGGUAACUAUCAGGAAUAUCUGAAGACAUUGGCUUCUCCACUACGAGAGAUUGAUCCAGAUCAACCAAAAAGACUGCAUACUUUUGGCAAUCCAUUUAAACAAGAUAAAAAGGGAAUGAUGAUUGAUGAAGCAGAUGAGUUUGUAGCAGGGCCACAAAACAAAGUGAAACGUGCUGGAGAACCCAACAGUCCUAUGUCAUCUAAGAGAAGGCGGAGUAUGUCCCUGCUGUUGAGGAAACCACAAAUACCACCUACUGUAACUAACCAUGUGGGCGGAAAGGGACCACCCUCAGCCUCGUGGUUCCCAUCUUAUCCAAACCUCAUACAACCCACCCUUGUACAUACAGAUGCUACCGUCACACACGAUAUCCAUGAGGAGAAGAUGGAAAAUGGUCAAACCCCACCUGAUGGCUUCUUAUCAAAAUCUGCUCCACCAGAAUUUAUGAAUAUGGCAAGAGAUGGUAUUCCUCCCAACCAAUUAGAUUCUCCAUCUGAUGAAUUCAUUAAUCUCAGCAAAGAUGGGUCGAUUCACAAACCUGGUAGUAAUGCACUUGUAGGAGCAGUCAAAAACUGCAGUUUCUCUUCAGAUGACCCAAAAGUCAUAGUAGCAUCCACUUUGGGAACUGUGCCAAACACAUUGCACAUAACUCCUGCUAUGGCACAAGGAAUCAAUGCCGACAUAAAACAUCAGUUAAUGAAGGAAGUUCGAAAGUUUGGACGAAAAUAUGAAAGAAUUUUCAUUUUGCUUGAAGAAGUGCAAGGGCCUUUGGAGAUGAAGAAACAGUUUGUGGAAUUUACCAUCAAGGAAGCUGCAAGGUUUAAAAGACGAGUAUUAAUUCAGUACCUUGAGAAGGUACUAGAAAAAAUAGAUUCCCACCACCUUCUCAACAGCAUUAAUCACAUCAACAACAGCUCAUCGUGUUAAUGCAAAGACCAGCAUGAAAAGAGGACAAGUUUUCUGUGCUUUUGGGUGGAACAGAACAUUGUAAAAGCCUCCUAGAAUGUUUAAGUCAAGGGACUUGCCUUCUAUGGGCUAAGAGAAAGCAGUGGAGAUUUUUAAAAAUUUUGUGAUUACCUGGCAGUAAAAGCCAGACUCUUCCCUUCAGAAUUUUCUUUGAAAGUAUUUUUGUUUUACUUUGUUGUUUCUUUUCCCAACCGAAGAACAGGAUGUUAUUGAUUUAGCAAGUUAAUGUCAGUAUACAUGGCUGCCCCUACCACAGGUAAUAAGGAUUCACUCUUGUGAACUUGGCCAUCCCAGGCAUUUUCAGAGUGACUAGGGGCCACCUGCAAGUGGAGCACUGCUUGGUGCUCUCACUGUGUUUUUUUAAAACAAAGAAUAGGUGUACAACAUUAAAGUAGUAAUCUUGUAUGUGCCGAACAAAGUUUCCAACAAUUUCUACUUGUGCCUUUUAAACCAUAUUCAGGAUAAUUUGAAUCAAAGAGUAAGAGGCUGCUAUUUGGGGAACUUAUUUCUCUGUGGGAAGGGGGCAGGGAGAGUCACCGAACAAUCUACCUCCACUCUCUUCUAUUUUGUAUAGAGACAUUACAAAGUACGCCUGAGACAUGUGACAACAGAAAGUCUUCAGGUGAACUUGUACAUUCUGUGCUUCAGAAGCACUAAAAACGAAAGUAAUGUAUAUAUUUCUUUUAAUGUUUAUACGAAAGUUUAUAUGGAGCAGUAUUACUAUGUUUGUAUUAAUUUGAAGAAAAUUUAAGUGUACAAAGCGAUUUUGACUUUGCAUGUAUAA